CUUUUAUCGUGGCUCGAGGCUUUGUCUCCUCUGCGCGUGAAAUUCUCGUUAGUGACCCUCACGAUCUCUCUCUCUUAACUUUCUCUCUCCUAUAACUCGGAUCACCACAUGACUCUAUCUUCCCGUUAAUACAGAACCAAACUCCCCUAAAGCUUCGGUUCUUUUUCUCCUUCUCUCUCCCGAUUAGAUCCCCAAAAAAUACAUUUUACAAACUUCUUCUCAAAGGCUUCGAGAGAGGGGAGGAGGGGAAGACAGAGUUGAUCUGAUUUUUGAUUGAUGUCUGGAGCUGUAUCGAGUUCCAGGGACAUGGGUUUCGACGACAACAACAAGAAAGAUGGAGACGACGGUAACACUUCAAAAGCGGCGUCGUCUCAUCAAAACGACGGCACCGACGACGAGGGUGCUGGAUCGUUAGGGAGGCAAAUGAGUGAAGCCUCUCUUAGCGCUGCUGAGGAAGAAGAAGAUGAGGAUUCCAAAUUACAAUUGGGUCCUCAGUACACUAUCAAGGAACAUCUCGAGAAGGAUAAGGAUGAUGAGAGUCUGAGGAAGUGGAAAGAACAGCUUCUUGGAAGUGUUGAUGUCACCAACAUUGGAGAGACUCUUGACCCUGAAGUGAAGAUCAUUAGCUUGGCCAUCUUAUCACCUGGAAGACCAGAUAUUGUUCUUAUGGUUCCGGAGAAUGGUAAUCCAAAGGGAAUGUGGUUUACUUUGAAAGAAGGGAGCAAGUACAGCCUGAAAUUUACAUUUCAGGUUAACAACAACAUUGUCUCUGGUCUUAGGUACACCAAUACUGUUUGGAAGACCGGUGUUAAAGUGGACAGAGGAAAGGAGAUGCUUGGAACCUUUAGUCCUCAGUUGGAGCCAUACAACCACGUGAUGCCUGAAGAGACCACUCCUUCUGGAAUGUUUGCUCGAGGAUCAUAUUCUGCAAGAACUAAGUUUCUUGAUGAUGAUAACAAGUGCUACUUGGAGAUCAACUACAGCUUCGACAUCCGUAAAGAAUGGCCUGCUCUUUAAGACUCAAGAACAAGUCUCCUGAGAUGAAGAUGUGUUUGUCAGUAGAAGUUGUGUUUGUUUCACUCCUUUUUUUCAUCGUUGAACAUAUUAUUUGUGAUUCGUUUCUUCGGUCAUUUUCCUAGAACAAGAGAGCGACAUUUACUUCCUCUUUGGUCUUGAAUUUUUUUUUUGUCCAGUAAGAAAGACAGUGUUUGUUCACAAGUCUAUUUGUCCUUCAGCUUCUUAACAUGUGUUUGAUGGCUAUGGUUUGUGUCAAACUCUAAGAUGUAUAAUGAUUAUAAUUGUCUCAGUCAAAAGUUGAAGACAUGAAAGUUAAAGAAAAAAACAAAAAAGUAUUUGCU